GGCCUGGAAUCCUCUUCACCGUCCAGAGAUGCGCAUCAUCACGAUCUGCGUCCUCGCCUUGACAACAGGCCCCGCACAAUCCACGAGUGUUUAUUUUUAGAAAGCUCUCGGCCGCUGCGUGCUACCGUCGUUCAACACACAUCCCAUGUUCCUCCGGUCAAUAAUUCAUAUGCUGUAGGCGGCCUGCAGCAGAGAAGAGUCAGAGAGCAGGCGGCAACUACUCCCGAGCCACAGGACGCCCCGAUAAGCGCACAGUGCGCUCCGCCUGACGAGCCAUGCAGCCUAAAACUAUGAAGCAGCAGAAUACACAGCAUGGCAACAAUCAUCAAGCCACGUCUAUGAGGAGGCACUCCGGCUCUCACAGAGCACAGACUCGGGCCUCCAUGGCCACAGAGUACCAGGAGAGGUUCCUUCCACCCAGCUGCCACAAGGCUGUCAUCACAACCUCGACACAGAUAGACCCUUACCAUCCGCUGAAGGGGACCGGUGCUGAUAUGACCACUUAUGUUAGGUCGUACUUUGUGGCCCAGAAAUGGAUAAAAAAUCCACAGAAAAUCCAGGUCCCACAGCCGCCUGUGCAACCCAAAGGCCACAGGAGAUGCAACAGCGCUCCACACAAUCCUGCACGCUUUGUGGCAAACCAGAAUGCAUCCCAGGUGGAGGACUACACGUCGGUGUACAAACAUGAUUUCCAAGCGUGGAAAGCAGACAGGCGUCAGCCGUAUAAGGUGAAUCACAACUUGAAAGUCAACCAAGGAUUAGUUAUCACAGAUGAUGCUUCUAAGGAUGGUCGCUCCCAGAAAAAUUCUGUUCCAGUUGCAGGAAACUCCCCACAGGUGCAAAAAACCCUCCCUUUUGAGAGCAUCACAAGCUACAGAUCUGAUUACGUCACCCAUCCAGUGCAGCCCAGGGUGACUAGGGCUAAGCCUGUUUACCAAACCAACAGAGGUCUGCCGUUAGAGCGUCCAGUGUCUUGUAGGACAAAGCAGGCUUGGGACACAAACCCAGACCCUUUUGACGAAGCCAGUGAAUUCCUUCAGCAAUUCAAGAGAUGGUCCCUUGGAACCAAGUUUCACACCCAAGGCAGAGCCAAAGAGUCCAGUCCACCAGCAGACCACAGUGGAUUCCUCUCCACAACACAUGCAGAUUACACGGCACAUCGGUGCCAGCACACCAGGCCAAUCCUGCCAUGUCCGCAAACCUGUGAGAGAAGCAAGGAGCCUUUUCAGGCAAUGACUACCCAGAAGGAGGAUUACAAAGUUUGGGACACACCACGAUGCCUCUCCACUGACCAUAAAGAGCUGAAUUGCCCCAAGAAAACCACCUUCUCUGUACCUCAGUCUGCCUCACAUGCCGAGACCUCCAAAACAACUCCUAAACUUGUGAACCUCCGUCCCAAAAUGGAGCCGAACAGAAUCUGCAACGCCAACUGCAGCACCACCGAGAAACCUCAAUGUCCUGCUGAGAACGGAGCAUUAGCCGGCUUCAAAUGCAUCUCCUCGGGGAAUGAAGAAUCCAGGAUGUACUGGGCCACCUCACUGGACAACUCUGGAGGAGUGACUUGUGAGAAUUGUGAGGAACCAUCUCCAGCACACCAAAUAAUCAGCUGCAUGGUGUCUAGCAGAAGCUAAGGCUUCCUAGAGACCAGGCUGCUGAGGAGAUGUGGUGCUGCCACACAUGACCUCAAGUACUUUCUACCUUCAUAACAAUAAAAGCCAUCAGAAUGCACUGA